GCCACAUUCCACAACCGCGGCGCGACACCGCAACCGACGCGCGAGGGAGUGAGAGAGAUCGGGGGGCGCAGCCGCAGGUGAGACUCGGAGCAAGGGGCGGCGACUCUGGUGCUCCCAUCGCGAUGGUGCGCUCGGAGACGGAGGUGGACGCGCUCAGCGGCUACUGCGCCGCCACCCGCACCUUCCGGAGCAAGCGCGCCGAUGUGCCGCUCCCCGCCGAUCCGGAGAUUGACGUGGUCAGCUUCCUCGCCUCGCGCCGCCACUCGGGCGUCGUCGCGCUCAUCGACGCCGCGAGUGGGCGCCGGAUCACCUUCACCGAGCUCUGGCGCGCCGUGGCCGGGGUGGCCUCCGCCCUCGCCGCGCCACCUGUCUCCCUCCGCAAGGGCCACGUUGCGCUCAUCCUCUCCCCUAACUCCGUCCAUUUCCCCGUCGCCGCCCUCGCCGCCAUGUCCCUUGGCGCCGUCAUCACCACCGCCAACCCGCUCAAUACCCCCGCCGAGAUCGCCAAGCAGGUCGCCGAUGCCCGCCCCGUCCUCGCCUUCACCACCCGCGAGCUCCUCCCCAAGCUCCCGCGUGCCCACGACCUCCGCGUCGUCCUCCUGGAAUCCACCCGCCUCCCCGGCGACAGCUCCGACCCGCGGAUCGUUGCCACCAUCGAGGAGAUCUCCGCCACGACGCCCGAUCCGGGGCGCCGCAAGGACCGCGUCACGCAGGACGACCCGGCCACGCUGCUCUACUCCUCGGGGACGACGGGGCCCAGCAAGGGCGUCGUCGCCACGCACCGGAGCCUCAUCUCCAUGGUCCAGAUCGUCAUGACGCGCUUCCGCCUCGAGGACUCGGACAAGACGGAGACCUUCCUCUGCACGGUGCCCAUGUUCCACGUCUACGGCCUCGUCGCCUUUGCCACGGGGCUGCUCGGUUGCGGCGCCACGGUGGUCGUGCUCUCCAAGUAUGAGCUCCCGGAGAUGUUGCGCUCGAUCAAUGCCUACGGGGUGACCUACCUUCCGCUUGUGCCGCCGAUCCUUGUCGCCAUGGUGGCGCACCCGAAGCCUCUUCCGCUCGGGCAACUGCGCAAGGUACUCUCCGGUGGCGCGCCGCUGGGUAAGGAGCUGAUCGAAGGGUUCAGGGAGAAGUAUCCGCAGGUGGAGAUCCUGCAGGGGUACGGACUGACAGAGAGCACCGCCAUCGGCGCAUCCACGGACUCGGCCGAGGAGAGCCGCCGGUACGGGACGGCCGGGCUUCUAUCUCCCAAUACCGAGGCUAAGAUUGUCGACCCAGAUUCCGGCGAGGCGCUGCCGGUAAACCGCACCGGCGAGCUCUGGAUCCGUGGACCAUACGUCAUGAAAGGCUACUUCAAGAACACAGAGGCAACACAGUCAACACUGACACCAGACGGAUGGCUUAAGACUGGUGAUCUCUGCUACAUUGAUGAGGAUGGAUAUCUCUUCGUUGUUGACCGCCUGAAGGAGUUGAUCAAAUACAAAGGAUAUCAGGUGCCUCCGGCAGAACUUGAAGCUCUUUUGUUGACACACCAAGAGAUUACGGAUGUCGCCGUUAUACCGUUUCCUGAUAGGGAGGUCGGCCAGUUUCCAAUGGCAUAUGUCGUAAGAAAGAAAGGAAGCAACUUGUCAGAGCGCGAGGUGAUGGAGUUUGUAGCAAAACAGGUUGCGCCUUACAAGAAGGUUAGAAAGGUGGCGUUUGUGAAGGACAUUCCCAAGAAUGCAUCCGGCAAGAUACUGAGGAAGGAUCUUAUCAAGCUUGCCACAUCCAAACUAUGAAGUGCCAAACUGCCAAUCAAUAUCUAGUAAUGGCUAUCGUAUACCCUCGUUUUCAAUAUUGGUGGGUAUUUCUAAGUUGUAACUGAAGAUAUCAUCAGUCAUGUACAUUUCUUCUAUGUAUGAUCUGGUAGAGUAACACCAUUCCUGAAUAAUCGAAUAAAAAAUGUUUCUGGGUUCGAGGCUUCGAGUUCGAGGUCAUCCCUGGCCCAAUGAGAGCAGCUGGCCGCCUGGCCAAUGCCUGAUGCCUGCGGUCUGCCCCUGUGCCCCAAACCCAAUGCUUGUUU